AUGUCACUCGUUAAGGACGUUCUUCAUCCCUUAUCUUAUGCGGCGCGCAACACUACGCCGUUGGGUAACAUUGUUGAGCUCACUUUCAGUUCUCUCGACGGAGAAGCCGUUGUGAAAUCGAUUAUCGAUUCCGUGAAAGAUAACGCUUCAGGAGCGAUUGGAGUUUUUAUCGGAACUACCAGAGAUAACUUCCAAGGGAAAACUGUGGUACGACUGGAGUACCAAGCUUAUACAUUACUCGCUAUGAAAACUCUUUCGUCUACCGCUGACGCUGCCUGCACUGCGUCGUGCCUGAAUAUUGCGGAGUCAUCUGUUUCUGAACAAAAUUCUGUCGAUCCUGCCUAUCAGCACGAGCAUAACCAGCCAUCGAACAGACAGAUCAAAUGCGCAAUCGUUCACAGGUUGGGUGACGUUCCUGUGGGCGAGACAUCGAUUGUGAUCGCAGUGUCCACUCCGCACCGACGCGAGGCUUUCGAGGCAUGCGAAUGGCUACUUGAAGAAGUAAAGAAGAAGGCGCAGAUAUGGAAGAGGGAGUGGUACGCUGGUACUGAAGGCGGCCGUAGUGACGGAGCAAUCGUGGCGAAAGACGGUGCAGCAGUGAAAAUGGCAGGAGAUCCUCCGCCGCAAUCUCUCUGGAAAGCCAAUUUUCCACCAAAGCCCCAUUGCGGAUAG